AUGAUAUGCUUUGGAGAUUUUUGCUUACCUCUUCAUGUGCUAGUGCUUGCGCUUAUUAUCUCGCAAGCAUUGUGGACAUAUGUUCGCACUAAAGUGUUAGGCAAGGGCGAAGAAAAAAUUCCUAAAAAUAGCCGUGUGAUCCACGUGACGUCAGAAAAACAGUUUAUGGAACUUAUUGGUAAGGACAAACCAACGAAACGUUCGGUCGUCGUGGACUUUUCAGCUUCGUGGUGCAGCCCGUGCCGCUUCAUUGGUCCUGUGUUCCAUGAACUAAGUGCCAAAUACCCAAGCAUACUUUUUCUCAAGGUAGACGUGGACGAGCUCAAGUCCGUCAGUAAAGCCUGUGGUGUUACAGCUAUGCCAACGUUCCAAGUCUUCCGUAGUGGCAUCAAGUACGAUGAGAUGCGUGGGGCAGAUAAAGCUGGAUUGGAAGCACUUAUAAAGAAGCAUAAUGUUGAGAUGGAGCCAGCAAAAGAAGAAAUACUAGAACAGUAUGCUGAAAAAAAGUUAACUUCGAAACGUGAGGACGGGUUGCGCCAGCGUAAGGUGCAGGUGAUAAAUGUCACGACGGAAGUACAGUGGGAGCAACUAAUGCAGCAGAACCAAGAAACAAACAAGGCGUUGGUCGUGGACUUCUGGGCCACGUGGUGCAAGCCGUGCCUAGAAAUCGCGCCAUUUUUUGAGGAGCUAUGUAAUCGAUAUCCUGCUGCUGUUUUUGCGCGCGUGGACGUUGACGAACUUGAGGACGUCGUGGAAGACUUUAACGUUUCGUCGUUGCCUAACUUUAAGGUAUUUAAGGGUGGAAAGAUAGUCGAUGAACUCAGUGGGGCUAUAAGGGGCACCUUGGAAAAGAUAGUGGCCAAGCAUGCCUCAAACUGA